AUGAAGAAAGCAUUUAGAGCCCCCAUAGGAGGAAGAGGACCUGUUAUGAUAUGCUACUGGACUGAAGACCUAGGGACAGAGAGUCCUGAUAAUAUGAUUGUGAGAAAAUACUCCAUUUCAAGCUGGUCAUCAGGAGUAAACUGUCAUUCCUUUCUAUUGGAAAAUCGUGCAGUAGCAGGGGUUUGGACCAUUUCAGCAUGCUAUGAGGGCUCUGUUCAAGAAUAUACUGCAUACUUUGAGGUGAAGGACUAUGUCCAUUCAGAUGUCGACAUCAGUAUCAAGCCACGUAACCCAUAUUACUAUAUCCAAGAUCAAGACUAUGCUAUCGAAAUUCAAGCAACUUAUAUAAAUGGCAACCCAGUAAAUGGUGAUACGUUUGUACUAUUUGGAGUGAAGAAGGGCAAGGAAAGGAAACAUUUGCCAGACUCAGUGAGAAGAACUAAGAUCAAUGACGGUGAAGGAAAAGCUAUUCUGGAAAGAAAAGAUCUACUAAAAGCAUUGAGAAAUGAACAGGAAAUGAUGGCAUGGACCCUGUAUGUGUCCGUCACUGUCAUCACUGACUCAGGUGCCGGUGUAGUAAAAGCAGAACUGGAAAACAUUCCAAUAGUUAAAACGCCACAUAAAAUCACCUUCACCAAAACACCUUCAUAUUUCAUGCCUGGACUGCCCUAUGACUUUAUGGUGAUGGUCACAAACCCUGAUGGUUCUCCAACUCGUGGCGUCCCUGUGGUGGCCCAACCUGGACAGUUAAGAGGGAUAACACAAGACGACGGGACUGUCAGACUGACCCUCAACACAGAAACAAAUAUAAAUUCUCUGCAAAUAAUGGUUAAAACGGAAGAUCCGGCAUUCACAAAUGACCAUCAAGCCACCACCAGCAUUUCAGUCACUGCGUACAAACCCAUUUCUGGCAAUUACCUGCGCCUCGGCAUCACAGGGACGGAGAAGCUGAGAGCUGGAAAGAGCAUCUAUAUUAACUUCAAUAUUCGAAACAGCAACCCUGCCGUUCAAAGUCAGAUCAACCACUUUACCUACCUGGUUCUAAGCAGAGGCCAGAUAAUUAAAGUUGGCAGACAGGAGAGGAAGGAAGGUCAGACGCUGGUGACAUUGGUCCUGCCAGUGACAUGGGAGUUCCUCCCAUCUUUUCGCUUUGUGGCCUAUUAUGUGGUGAAAAGCGGUUUAAGCCAAGAGAUCGUAUCUGACUCCGUCUGGAUAGAUGUAGAGGAUUCCUGCAUGAGCACGCUGGAGAUUACAGAUGCUAGUAGAAGAAAAAUGGAACUAAGUCCUGGUUCAAUAUCAAGGUUGAAAAUGACAGCAGACUACAAGGCUGUAGUGGGCCUGCUUAUGGUGGAGAAGGUCGUCUAUGAACAGAACCCAAAGUUUUGGAUGUCACAAAAGAAGGUUUGGGACAUUGUGGGAAAGUCCGAUUCAGGCUGCACCAUGGGGGCAGGUGCUGAUGGCUUGCAAGUGUUUUAUGAUGCUGGGCUGACUCUACAGUCAAGCUUUGGAAUGGAGACAGCACACAGAUCAGAGUAUUUGUGCAAGGGGACAGAGAGAAGAGUUCGUCGUUCAACAGCUGAGUAA